GUCGCUCGCGGGGUCCGCAGCACUCCCUGGUGGGCGAGGCGGGGUCUCUCUGUUCGGGAGCGGGGACGCAGCUGGCGGGGUGCUGUAGGCCCUGGGGUCCGCUCAGCUGACGAGGUCGCCGGGCUGCGGGGGGGACCAUGUGGAUGCUGGGUGGAGGCUCUGGGGGGCGCACAACUGGCGGGGAGAGGUCUCUGGUUCCUGACACGCGACCCCCGCCCGCCAGAAUGGGCAGCAGCUCGCUGUCCGAGGACUACCGCCUGUGCCUGGAGCGUGAGCUGCGGCGCGGCCGCGCGGGCGUGUGCGGGGACCCAUCGCUGCGCGCGGUGCUGUGGCAGAUCCUGGUUGAAGACUUCGACCUGCACGGGGCGCUGCAGGACGACGCGCUGGCGCUGCUCACCGACGGCCUGUGGGGCCGCGCCGACCUGGCCCCCGCGCUGCGCGGCCUGGCCCGCGCCUUCGAGCUGCUGGAGUUGGCCGCCGUGCACCUGUACCUGCUACCCUGGAGGAAGGAGUUCACCACCAUCAAGACCUUCUCCGGGGGCUACGUGCACGUGCUGAAAGGUGCCCUCUCGGAGGACCUCCUCAUCCAGAGCUUCCAGAAGAUGGGUUACGUGCCCAGGGACAACCACCGCCUGACGAUGGCUGCCCUGCCACCCGCCUGCCAGCUGGUGCAGGUAGCCCUGGGCUGCUUUGCCCUGCGGCUGGAGUGUGAGAUCCUGGGCGAGGUGCUGGCCCAGCUGGGGACCAGCGUGCUGCCAGCGGAGGAGCUGCUGCAGGCCCGGCGGGCCAGCGCGGACGUGGCCUCCUGCGUGGCCUGGCUGCAGCAGCGGCUGGCCCGGGAAGAGGAGCCGCCGCCUCUGCCCCCCCGGGGCUCCCCAACCGUGUUCCAGACGCAGCUGGACCUAUACCGGGACCUGCAGGAGGACGAGGGCUCGGAGGAGGCCAGCCUGUACGGGGGGCCCUCGCCGGGCCCCGACUCCCCUCCCCCAGAGCUGGCCUGCCGGCCUCCACUCUGGGGACAGAGCGCCAAACUGUGGGGUGCCAGGGGAGGGGCCUGGGAGCCACUAGGGGAGGCUGAGGUGCUGCCGCAGGCCGGCAGCCCGCCGUACGGGGCCUUGAAGGAGGAGCCGGAGCCAGAGCCGGACGCCUUCUCCUUCCUGUCGCUGCGCCAAGAGCUGCUAAGCAGGCCCGGAGACCCAGGGAGGUCGGGGCGGGCCAGCCCCCAGCGUGGGUACGGGCCCAGCCCCCCACCCCCCGGCUACCAAGCACACGGCUGCCUGGCUCCCGGUGCCCUGCCCACCCUCUGCUGUGACACGUGCCGCCAGCUGCACGCCCCGCACUGUGCCACCCUGCCCGCCUGCCGUCUAGGUCACGCACUUCGUGUGCUGCUCGGUGACACCCAGCAGCGCCUCUGGCUGCAGCGUGCACAGGUGGACACCCUCCUCUAUGAUGGGCCCGGGGCCCGACCUUAGGCCCAGCCAGGCCCUGGGUCAAGUGCUUUCCAGAGAGUUUCCGUGGUGCUUCUCUGGGCCUCAUCACUCCUCAGGCCUGAGCCCUGGCCACCCUGACCCCGGGGACUCCCGGGCACAGCAGGGUGGGGGGAAUCCGGGCCUCACAAAGCAGGAGAUGGGCUCCUGCCUUCCAUGGAAAGCUCUUGCCUGGGGCUGGCCGGCUCCCCACCCCCUGCUCCCAGGGUUCCAGUCUAUGUCCCAACGUGCUGGGUGGAGUCUAGUUUGUGUCCGCGUCUCACCACCAUGCCUACUCCCACGAAGGGCCCUCUCCCUCCUCUUUCACCCCUCCCCCAAUCCACCGGAGGGGCCCAGCACCCAGCCUGUAGCUCUUGACCUGUCCCUGUAAGUUGUGGUUCAGGACACGUUGCCUCCCUCUGAGCGUCCAAGGGAGAUUCUCCUCACAGGGGCGUCCUUGGAGGCCCACAGGUGACACCGUGGGCCACUGAGCACCACCGUGACCAGCCCGGGGGCUCUGCCAGGUAUGUGGCUGACCUAGCCUCUUGCCGAUGGAACGCGCCGAGGGCUGGCCCGAGAUGAACCCACGUGCCCUGGUCAGCGCUGGGCUGGGAAGUUGGGCCCACAUGUGGAAGAGAAACCAUCCGAUCUCACAGCAGAGCGUGCAGGCGCCCGAGGAGUCCGGAGAGCAGGGAGGCAGGCAGCAGUGGGGCCCGGACAGGCUGUGCCACUCGCUUCCAGGUGGAACACGGGGCUUCUGAGCAAUCAGCACCCACAAGCCACCUUGCUGGGGCCCUCUGCUGCACAGGCUUCCCACCUGACCAUUCACCCCGGGCCCAGUGGGAAAGAUGGGGUCCAGGCUCUCGAGUAGCCACCCGCUCAGACUCUCAAGGCGCAGGCAGGCGGAACCCCUUUUCCUGGGGGGGAAGGGGUCCCAGAACAUACUAACCCACAGGACUGGAGGGGACAGGUGCCUGUUUCUGUGCUGGCCCCUCCUCACUGGGCACUCUGCCCGUCUGUCUGUCCCACCUCUCCUUCCCAGCACUCAGAGAACCACCUUCACGUCAUAAGUCAGAACCCAAAGUUCAUUAAAGGACAUUGAACCUGUUCACGUCUGUUAGAAAAACUUUCAUCUCUCUGAGCUUCUGUUAGCACCCACUCGUGCCCCUUCCCGUCUGGGCCUCAGUGUGGGGGCAGGGACAGGGCCCAGACCCCAGUCCAUCAGGCGGGAUGUGACCCGCACCCGACCCCUCCUUCCCAUCUGAGUGUCACCAGCCCUGCCGCUGGGGCGGGGCGGGGGGUGGGGGGGAGGGGGAGGCUUACCAGAGCCUCAGACAGACCCUGGGGCCCAGGAUGGGAUGCAGGCAACCAUGUGGGGGGUCUGCCCAUCCCACGCCAGCAACACCCACUGAGAUGGGCCCAGCGGCCCUUUGCUCUUGGGAAGCGAGGGCCUGAGCUUCUGCACAGCUGUAGAGGGCCGGCUGUGGGCGUGGCCACCGGUGCCCAGACUGAGCGUCAGGCCCUUCUCGGGUGCACCCACCCUGCUCUUCUGGAGAAGGGAGUGCAGUCAGCUGGAGCAGCUGGUCAGUGUCAAAGGGCGAGCCGGAUCCUAGCAGCGUCGUCAGCCCGGACUGCAGAGGCCUCCCGCCGGUCACGGUCACGGCUUGCAGCGCUUGCUCUGGGCCUCACACGUGGCCGGAACAGCCCGCUUGUUGCGGUGGUGGGGGAAGGUGGGCAUGAGCUCCGGCUCGCAGGCUGCAGGGAGAGAGCCGUUCAGCGCCGGGUGGGUGGGGGAUGGGGGAAGAGUGUGCUCCGGGUCUGAGAACCCCGCUCUGCAUCUGUGAUGGGCCCUGGGGUUGCGUCUUCCUCUGCUCCCAUCAGAGAACAGUUUGUGUGGCCAACAAGCACCCACACCGGCCUCAGCAGGCAGCCCCCGCCCGCCCAGGGCCCACCCUCCACCUGGGCUCCACCAGGAGCCCACCACACCACCCCUUCAGGGGCUUCAGCAGCUCUGCGAGGCCGUGCCCCAACACCCCACCCUGGACUACAAGGGCCACAAGCCAAGCCCCCUGUGGAGCCGGGUGGGGGUGGGGGUCUGGGAGACUCACGCAGGGGCUUCUCCUUGAAGUAGGAGCUUUCCAAGCCGUCUCUGGCCGUUGCCCUGGAGAGGAGGCCUUGCUGUUAACAGGACCCCCAGAUGCCACUGAAGCUAGUGUCCCUCACACCUGCCCGGCUCCGCGCCCUCUGGUUCAAAUGUCCCAACGACAAGAGGCGAGGCCGGCACCUUUUCUUGGGGUCAUACAUGAAGAGGAAGUUCAGCAGGCGCAGGCCGGCCUCCGACAGCCACGGGAACUUGUGCUUCAGGUUGUUGUAGGGCUGCUUGCGCAGGCUGUACUGGCCCACCAGCGGCAGCCUGGAGAAACCCUGCGGGAAGCGGGAGGUGGAGCCACGGGCUUCCGGCAGGUGAAGCCGGUCUGGGCGGUGGGGUGACGAGGGCAGAGGCCAGGCACUCACCGGCCAGAUGUUCUCACUGGGUGUCCCCAGCAGCUGUACAAUCAGGUCCACCUGGUGGAUCUCAGAAGUGCCGGGGAGCAGGGGCUUGUGAGCCAGCAGCUCGGCCAGGAUGCACCCCACGGCCCUGCAGAGGAGAGCGGGCCUCACUUCACGCAGCGGCUCGCCGUGGCCACACACCUCCGCCGAGUGCCACUUUGACGUGAGCCGCUGAGGGCAAGUGCCGCCCCACGUGCCUCCCACGGGCUGGGGUCAGGACCGGCUGGAGCUCGGGAGGUCACCACGGAACGUGACCCAGUGCCAGAUGGCCUCUGUGGGUGGCGAGGGCCGGGCCUUUCUGCUGCGGAAGCUAUGUUCUCACACUUCCCCUUGGGAUCCCAGGUUUCUCCCCACCAGGAGCUGGCAAAGACCCCGGCCCUGCUCCGGCCCCUGCCGGCCUCUCCCCCAGGCUCUGGGAGCUGCCUUCACCCCUCACCACAUGUCAAUGCUGGUGGUCUGCGUGGUAGUUCCCAACAGCAGUUCGGGGGCCCGGUACCUGCAAAGAGAAACGCACUCUGCACUCAGCCUUCCUGAGAGCUGGCCUGGGCGACCGGAUGGCCAACCCCAGCUCAGGCCGCCUCUUCCCCGCAGUGCUGCGAACGUGGACGGCACGCGCGGUCACGGCAGCUGCUGCUGGACGGCCCCUGUGAGCAGCAGCGAAUUCUCUAUGCCACGCGGGGGCUGGCUGACACGUGGCAGAAGGUGUAGGAUUUCCACGUCCUCUCUGUAACCACAACCCUGCUGUGCUCCUUAAAAACACGAGAAGCAACUCCAGAAAGCUGCGUCAGCCACCCACCCUUCUGUCUGAAUCAGGCUGGGUGUCCGGCUGCCUCGGGCAGGGCGGUCUCACCAGCCUUGCUGUCAUCUUGCUGUCUCAGGAAGUGUCCUAGAGCCAGCCUCCAGGAGUAUAUGCAGCCCUCUGGGGCUUCGAGACCCUCAGGGUCCUUCUGCAGCUUUGGCCUGAUCAGUGCCCCACACUUCCCUCCACCAGGGACACCUCGUCCCGACAGACUCACCAGAGCGUCACCACCUUGGGGGUCAUCGGCUUCACUGGGAUGCCAUAGGCCCGCGCCAGGCCAAAAUCCGCUGCGACAAAGGCAGAAAGACGAGGGGACGAGGGUCACCGGGGGAGGGCCAACGAGCUGCUGUGUGGGAGCCAGCCCUCAGCCUUCAGGAUGCUUGUGAGGACUGACCUGCUCCCCUGCCCAAGUGGCCACACCUCCCACACAGCCAGCGCCCUGCACCCACCUGUCUUCACACAGCCUUUGUCAGUCAUGAGCAGGUUGGAAACCUUCAGGUCCCUGUGACAGAAAGUGAUCACUAGUUCCCAGGAAGUGAGCUCCAUGGGGUAAUUACGUUGUCUCCUAAUUGUAUGUCACAGGCACACUCAAAACACUUUUCCUCCACAUCCUCUGUUGGAACUUUUUAAAGUUUACUUAUUUUUAGUAAUCUCCACACCCAAUGUGUGGAUUGAACGUACAACCCUGAGAUCAAGAGUCACACGCUCUCCCGACUGAGCCCAUUUGAGCUUUCUGGGCACCCCCGUUUAAAACUUUUUAUUAUUUGUUAAUUUGAAAUUAAAAAAAAAUUUUGUAAUGUUUA